AUGGCCCUCCCACUCCCGCUGGGCCUUACGCCCGCCGAGGUUUCAUUCCUGUGCGAAAUGGAACUCGUCACAGUCGUUCCAAGAGGGCGGCUCGACGGUAUAGAUCUUCUCAGCGGCACAACCCCUUCCCUCCGACCACCACAUCGCGCCCAACUCCCCCUCUGGCUUGCCCUCCUCCUAAAGAAGCAACGCCGCGCCAAUAUUGUCCCUCCAGCAUGGCUUCACCCACUAUCACUCGCCGAGAUCAUCCGGCAAGAAACAAGAGAAGACCCGACCGCCUUCAGCAAACCACCACCGCCACCCGCCAGGGCUGACAGUCGCGGCGUCGCCCAUCGCGUAAAUACUUCGGCCUUGGGCAACGGCGACCACGGCAGCCACGACGGGAUAUUGCUGUCGCCCCCCUUCCUGCCGAGCUGUACAGCCGAGGCACCAGCGGGCUACCUACCGUACCACUGGCUGGAGAUGGCCGAGAUGCUGCUCGCGCACGCGGCUGACGACAUGUCGGCGUCGGCGGGCGAGAUCAGGGGCCUGCUGCGGGACCUGGUCGAGGUGCGCUCGGCCAAGCUGCGCGGGGGCACGACGCAGCUCGAGCAGUUCGGCGGCGGCGUCAUGAACCUCCGGGGCGUGGGCGCCAUGGAGCUGGCCGAGAACAGGGGGUUCGUCCUCGGCGUGGUCGACGGUGUGCGCAGGCUCGGGGCCAGCGCCGAGGCCACCCGCAGGGAGGAGGAGGAGGAGGGCCGCGGCGGCAACGAUGACGAGGAGAGCGACGACGACAUGGGGCUAUAA